AUGGAGAAAAGUGCGGACUUGGUUCAAGACUUGGACUGUGAUGGUGAUGAUGAUGAUGGUGAUGAUCUCGAGUUCAACCAAUUCGACGGUCUUCCCUUUUCCUCACGGUAUUAUAAACUGCUCAAGGAGAGAAAAGCUCUUCCAGUUUGGGGAGCCAAGUGUGAGUUCAUGGACUACAUCUCCAACAACCAGCUUGUUAUUAUAAGUGGCACAGCAAAAACUGGACAAAGCACUCAGGUCCCACAGUGGUGUGCAGAGUUCUGUCUGUCUGUGCAGUACCGGCACGGGACGGUGGUGUGCACUCAGUUCCACCGGCAGUGCAUAGUAGAUCUCGCCCUGCGUGUGGCCGAUGAAAUGGAUGUGAACAUUGGCCAUGAAGUAGGAUACAUCAUCCCUUUCCAGAACUGCUCCUCUGCCGACACUGUGCUGAGGUACUGCACUGAUGACAUGCUGCUUUGUGAGAUGAUGUCAGACCCUCUGUUGGAGCAGUAUGGUGUGGUGUUGAUCGAUCAGGCUCAGGAGCGCACAGUCAGCACGGACCUCCUACUCGGCCUGCUCAAAGAUGUGUUGGUAGCGCGACCUGAGCUGCGUCUGGUCAUCCUCACUGCACCUCACUCCUCCGACAAGCUGCUGCACCACUACAGAAACGUUCCUCUGAUCCAGCUUGCAACAGAAGGACCCUCUGAAAUGGUGUAUGGCACUGGGAGGAGAGGUGUGAAAGACUAUUUGUAUGCCUCUCUCCAACUGGCUAUGGAAAUCCAUCAGUCUCAAGAGCAUGGAGAUAUUAUUGUGUUUCUGGCUACUGAACAAGAGAUUGAAUGUGCUCAUGCCAUCUUACGAAGGGAAGGGGCCGGUGUGGCUUCAUCGCUAGGUGAGCUCAUGCCUGUGUCUGUCUAUCCAGAGCAGGAGCACAGUGUCCCUGUGCUUACAGAAGAGGAGGGGAGGUGCAGGAGAGUCUUCCUCACUUGCGGUCCAACUGAAGACUUAUUCUGGGCCAUGCAUAGCAUUCGUUACAUCAUUGAUGCUGGAGUGCAAAAAAGAUAUGUGUACAACCCUCGAAUCAGAGCCAGCUCUAUUGUUAUUAAACCAAUCAGCAAAAGCCAAGCCGAAUGCCGCAAACAGCUGAUUGGUCCAACAGGGAAAUGUUUCUGUUUGUACCUGGAGAACACGCCUCUUCCAAAUGAGAAUGUGCCUCACAUCCUGGAGUCUGACAUCACUUCCACGGUGCUUUUCCUUAAGAGGAUGGAAAUUGCUGGCUUGGGUCACUGUGAUUUCAUCGAUAGGCCAGAUCCUGAGGGCCUCAUGCAGGCUUUAGAAGAGCUGGACUACCUAGCGGCUCUAGAUAAUGAUGGUAAUCUGUCGGAGAUUGGAAUAAUAAUGUCUGAAUUUCCUCUGGAGCCCCAGAUGGCGAAGACACUUCUGGCUUCCUGUGAAUUUGACUGUGUGAGUGAGGUGCUCACCAUCGCUGCCAUGCUAACAGCUCCAAGUUGUUUCCUGGUCCCUCCUGUGGAGUUCAAACAGCAGGCCUUAAAGUGCUAUCAGAGUUUCCAUCACUCUGAAGGAGACCACUUCACCCUCGUCAAUGUGUACAAUGCCUACAAACACAGCCAGCACAGCUUGGAUUGCAGCAUCGAGCGCUGGUGUGAUGAGCAUUUCCUGAGUUUACGUGCCCUUCGGAUGGCCGAUGCAGUUCGAGCAGAGCUCACUGAGAUCCUGAAACGUUUAGAGCUGCCAGUGUCCUGUCCAGCCUUUGGCUCCAAGACAAACACUCUGAACAUCAAACUGGCUCUGCUGGCUGGCUUCUUCAUGCAGGUGGCCAGGGACAUUGAUGGAACUGGGAAUUACUUCAUCCUUACCCAUAAGCACGUUGCUCAGAUCCAUCCUCUCUCUGUCUAUGGAACUGAGUUUCCCAAGCAGAAGCUUCCUGAGUGGGUUUUAUAUCAUGAACACACACUGUCUGAGAAUAACUGCAUCACAACUGUCACCCAGAUUUCAGCACACGAGUUCAUCCAGAUGACUCCUCAGUACUUCUUCUACAAUCUGCCCCCUAGUGAGAGUAAAGACAUACUGCAGUGUGUUCUAAAGCAUGGCUCAGCAGCACAGGGUGAGAGCAAGAGUAAAGUGCAGACACUCAACGGCAGCGUGAGUGAAGAGCAGUCCUACGAACGCUGUAUCAUACAGUGAGCAUGGUAAUUCACAUCAUAGCUUCAAAAACACAGUAAAAAAUGAACAGGGUUUAAUCAGUUGUGCCGUGAUGCAGGACAGUAUACGGCUGUACUGAAGGUGGUCUGAAGCUAUAAUAUUAUAAUAAUAAUG